AUGGUGGAACUUGUUGGCGGAGGGAAUGCUGCGCCCACGAGUGAGGAUGUGGCUGAGCGAGCAAAUGUCGGCCUUCGCACCGUGUUCCGCCAUUUUGAGGAUAUGGAGACGCUCUACCAGGAAGUCGAUCAGGUGAUAAAGGCUCGGGUGUUUCCUCAGUUUAACCUGGAAACCCUCACCGGACCGCUGGAAGAACGCGCCCGGAUGCUGAUUGAGCGACGCGCGAAUAUCUUCACGGCGGUUCAUCCCUUUAUGACGUGCACCAUUGCGCGAAAGUGGAAGUCGCCUUAUCUCGCUCGCUCCUAUGAUGCAUUUGCCGAACUUCAACGCACCUUUCUCUUCGACAAUCUGCCGGAAUUGAAGGAGUUAUCGCCUGCGCUUCAACAUGCUGCGGACCAGGUGACGUCGUACGAGUCCUGGACCCGGAUGAAAGAUGUUCAGCAACUGGAUGUCACAGACAUUAUCGAAGCGCAGUUGGCCGGGGUUCUCGCCAUCAUUCGCGGAGCUUGA